GUGCGUAUCCUCAAGAAGAAGAAGGCCGGGAGCGGGAACAAAGCCGUGCAGGCUCGCCUGCAUGGUGUCCCAGGUGCGUGGUCUCAGUCGAAGAAGGCGGAGGCGGGGACGAGCCGGCCGGAGCGCUUUUCCUCAACCAAUAUGUUCCAGGCGCGUGCUCGGAGGCGGGAGCGCUUAUCCUCAACCAAUAUGGGGUCCCAGGUGCGUGCUCUCGCGGACCAGGUGGCAGGGUGGCACGAAUUCUCAGGGAAGGUAGUGGCAGAAAUCAAUGGGGUGGAACGAAGCUGUGCAGGCUCGCCUGCAUGGUGUCCCAGGUGCGUGGUCUCAGUCGAAGAAGGUGGAGGCAGGGACGAGGCCGGAGCACUUAUCCUCACCCAAUAUGGGGUCCCAGGUGCGUGGUCUCAGCCCGAAGAAGGCGACGAGGCCGGAGCGCUUUUCCUCAACCAAUAUGUUCCAGGCGCGUGCUCGGAGGCGGGAGCGCUUAUCCUCAACCAAUAUCGCUGUCCUCAACCAAUGUGGGGUUCCAGGUGCGUGGUCUCAGUCGAAGAAGGCGGAGGCAGGGACGAGGCCGGAGCACUCAUCCUCAACCAAUAUGGGGUCCCAGGUGCGUGGUCUCAGCCCGAAGAAGGCGACGAGGCCGGAGCGCUUUUCCUCAACCAAUAUGUUCCAGGCGCGUGCUCGGAGGCGGGAGCGCUUAUCCUCAACCAAUAUGGGGUCCCAGGUGCGAAAGCGGAGGCGGGGACGAGGCCGGAGCGCUUAUCCUCGACCAACGUGGAGUCCCAGGUACGCGAUCUCGGCCCGAAGAAGGUGAAGGUGGGGUGCUUGAAGCCAGAAGAAGGCGAGCUUCAAGAGGAGGCGACAACAGGCUCGAAGGACUUACUCUCAGAAGACGUUCUCGGCGCGUGGUCUCAACCUGAAGAAGACGGAGGCGGCGACAAGGUGCGCGGUCUCAACUUGAAGAGGAUGGAGGCGGGUGUCCUCAACCAAUAUCGGGUCCGAGGUGCGUGGUCUCAACUCGAACAGGUGCGGAAGUUCAAGAUGAAGAAGACACAGGUGUGGAAGUUCAAGCUGAAGAAGACAGAGGCGUGGAAGCUCAAGCUGAAGAAGGGCAAGGACAAGGCGCUCAUCCUCAAGCAGAAUGCGGGCAAGCCACGAAAGAGCCGCCACGUUUAUCCUCAACCAGAAGAGGGCCAGGGGGUACAGCCGCCACGCUUAUCCGGUGCCAGGCGAAGAGGUGCAGCCGCCACGCUUAUCCUCAACCAGAAUGGGGGCCAGGGGAAAGAGGCGCAGCGAAGAGGUGCAGCCGCAACGCUUAUCCUCAACCAGAAUGGGGGCCAGGGGGAAGAGGCGAAGAGGUGCAGCCGCCACGCUUAUCCUCAACCAGAAUGGGGGCGAAGAGAUGCAGCCGCCACGCCUAUCCUCAACCAGAAUGGGGGCCAGGGGGAAGAGGCGCAGCCGCGAAGAGGUGCAGCCGCCACGCUUAUCCUCAACCAGAAUGGGGGCGAAGAGGUGCAGCCGCCACGCUUAUCCUCAACCAGAAGCGCUUAUCCGGUGCAAGGCGAAGAGGUGCAGCCGCCACGCCUUAUCCUCAAACCAGAAUGGGGGGCCAGGGGCAAAAAGGCGCAGCCGCCACGCUUAUCCUCAACCAGAAUAGGGGCCAGGGGGUACAGCCGCCACGCUUAUCCGGUGCCAGGCGAAGAGGUGCAGCCGCGAAGAGGUGCAGCCGCCACGUUUAUCCUCAACCAGAAUGGGGGCCAGGGGGAAGAGGCGCAGCCGCCACGCUUAUCCUCGACCAGAAUAGCAGCCGCCACGCUUAUCCGGUGCCAGGCGAAGAGGCGAAGAGGUGCAGCCGCCACUGGGGGCCAGGGGGAAGAGGUGAAGUGGUGCAGCCGCCACGCUUAUCCUCAACCAGAAUGGGGGCCAGGGGGAAGAGGCGCAGCCGCCACGCUUAUCCUCAACCAGAAUGGGGGCCAGGGAGAAGAGGCGCAGCGAAGAGGUGCAGCCGCCACGCUUAUCCUCAACCAGAAUGGGGGCCAGGGGAAAGAGGCGCAGCCGCCACGCUUAUCCUCAACCAGAAUGCAUGGGGGCCAGGGGCUACAGCCGCCACGCUUAUCCGGUGCCAGGCGAAGAGGUGCAGCCGCCACGCUUAUCCUCACCCAGAAUGGGGGCCAGGGGGACGAGGCGCAGCCGCCACGCUUAUCCUCAACCAGAAUAGGGGCCAGGGGGUACAGCCGCCACGCUUAUCCGGUGCCAGGCGAAGAGGUGCAGCCGCCACGCUUAUCCUCAACAAGAAUGACGCUUAUCCG